AUGGAUUUGUACGACGACACCCCGGAGGUGGUUGGUGCGGGUGAAAAUGAUGACAAGGUAAAGAAAAGAGUCACAAUUGACGAUAAAAAUGACAUCAAGUUUAUCAAUGUGGAAAACGAAAAGGAAGAGCCCAAACAGAAAAGUGAGUUCAUUAGAAACCUUGAAUUGAUUGGUUGGCCAUGGAAAAUUUCUGGUACGGUGUUUCUGAUUGGUUUGUUGUUUCACGUGAUCGCGUUUGGAACUCCUGAUUGGUUGAACACUUUUGACGCAAGCGGAAAUGACGUCAUGCAUGUAGGAAUAUGGAGCGCGUGUGUGCUUAUUAGCAAUUGCACUUUCCGAUCGGAGACAUCAACUUGCCUUAAUGCGGUACGCACGUUUGGCGGGCUAGGUGUCGUCUGCUGUAUUGUUGUUCUUGUGCUGCUUAUCUGCUACAUCCGGAACGAGGCGGGAAGGCGGGGCAUAAGCAGAGCGGUUGUCGCUAACUGCUUUGUAGCAGCUCUGGCCAUUCAAAUAGAAUCUUCCUUAUUCUGGAGGUCGGGCGCAUGCGCAUACAGUGACGUCACAGGAACUACAACUAAACAGUGGGCGUGGUCUAUUGCGCUGUCAUUCGUUUCCGUUGUGCUAAUAUUAGCAGCAGGGUUGUCGUUCUUGGCUAUAGAACUGAUAUCAAUUUCCCGUGAAAAUAAUAAAACCAGACCUUGGAAGGGCAAAGGUUUUAACAUCACGUAAACGACUUCAAGCUGCACUCUUACAGAUUGACAAUUUUGACAACUUUUCUUUUAAUUCUAGUAUUGAAAUGAACCAUUUUUUUUUGCGUAAACGACUGGUAUAAGACUACUGACAAAAGAUCAGAUCGCAGCUUUUCAUAGUUAUGUUUGGUCACUAUUUUUAUGGCUAAAAGACUAACGUUGUUUUAUUUUUUAAAAAUCCGGCAGUGACAAUUGAUAUCUCUUCUAUUGUGAGUUAUCUUAUAUGACUGAAUUGAAGGCCUUCAUACCAAAAUCAGUUGAUUCUGAGUCAAAGGCUAAAUAAAAUGUCAAAACUGUCAAUCUGUGAAAGUGUAGCUUUAAGGACCUUCCACUUUUAAGAAAAAAAAUUUUCAUCGACGGAUAGAUGAACUUUAUUUAUCUUACAAUGGGCUCAUUGUUCAUUGUUAAAGUUAACAACGUUGUUAUAACUGGAUAAUUGUUUACAUUCAAAUCUUUAUACUCUAAAUAUGGUUCUUUUAACAAAUAUUGUGUUAAUAAUUUCAGCUGGGAAUGUUUUAUUGAAUUAUCUCAGCACUUUCCAUCGAGUAUUUGGGCAAAAGAUACCAGAAGCGCUGUUUCACAUAUUUACCAUUUCUCAAUUGAAGCAUGUAUUAUACGUUUUAUUUUUAAGUGUAAUUAUAUCAUUUUAUCUGUAUUUUAAUUUGUAUUUAAAGACGAAAAAGAUGUAAACAUCAGAAAGAAUGAAUGUAAGAUUUAAAU